AAACGGCAAAGGCGGUAGGAAAAUAAAAACGCAGUAGGAAUUUCUUGUUUUUCAAAAAAACCCAAAAAAAAAGAAGCAAGGUAAACCUGUUCCCUCUGCAGCACCAAUAACAACAACAACAUAAAAUAAUACUACUGGCCACCCAAAAAAAAAAAUAAGUGGCACAAGUGAAAAUUCCUGUGUAGUUCAACGUUUAUUAUUAUUUUUGCGUUUUUUUGUGACAAUUUGGCCAAAAGUGAAAAUCAAUUGGCCAGAGCGCGCGCGCAAGGAGCCAGAGAGGAGGACGCCCCAGCAGCCGAAGAAGAAGAGAGCGCUAGCCUUAGAGAGAGAGGUCCUGCCAAAUAUAUAGAAUUCGUCCUUUUUCGGGCCCGAAAAUACCCAACCCAACUGAACGAAAAACAACAACAAGAAACCAGCAAAAGUAAACAAAAUUGCGCCGGACUGAACGAAAAAUCGGGAAAAUUGCAGCCGAAAAAAGAUAUGCUUGCAGCGAGCUACAGUUUGAGAAGCAUUGGAUUCUAGGCAAAAGGAACACAGAACCUGGAGAGGGAAGAAUCAUGCGCCACAGAGUGUUUCUAGAAAUGUCCCAACGAAACAGAUUCCAUCAGCAGAUUAAAUAAAACUACUUUGGAUUUCACAAAUAAAAAAAAUCUACAUUAUUAAUUAAAAAGGAAAUACUGAGAAAAAUCUAAGAAAAAAUUCAAACUCCCCCCGAGCGGGAGUACUUCCGAUUUCGCCUUCAAAAAGUGCGAAUUAAAAGCCGUCAAAAUUACGACGUACCACCCACCCACGCCCAAGGUCAAACAGAACCCGGCCAAUACGGACGCCAUGUCCGGGCCGGGGGCGUUUGACGAUGAGCCGCCGCCGGAGCCCCGGGACGGAUGGCUGCUGGUGCGGAUCCACGUGCCGGAGCUGAACGUCUACAAGUGCCUCCAGUUCCCAUCGGAGCGGCUCGUCUGGGAUGUCAAGCAGCAGGUGCUUGCCUCGCUGCCGAAGGAGCUGAAGGAAAGCUUCAACUAUGGACUCUUUGCACCACCCUCCAACGGCAAGGCGGGCAAGUUCCUGGAUGAAGAGCGACGCCUGGGCGACUAUCCCUUCAAUGGACCCGUUGGCUACUUGGAGCUCAAGUACAAACGUCGCGUUUACAAAAUGCUAACCCUGGACGAGCGCCAACUGAAGGCCCUCCAUACGAGGGCCAAUCUGCGUCGAUUCCUGGAGUGCAUCAAUGGCGGCCACGUGGAGAAGAUAGCCAAGAUGUGUGCCAAGGGCCUGGACCCCAACUUCCAUUGCUCGGAGAGUGGGGAGACCCCCUUGUCGGUGGCCACGGGUGCCAAGAAGCCCAACAAGCUGCUCAUAGCUCUGGUUAAUGGUGGAGCCUUGUUGGAUUACAGAACCAAGGAUGGCACUACGGCCUUGCAUCGAGCCGUGGAACAUGAUUCCCUGGAGGCGGUUAGUACCCUCCUGGAACUGGGAGCUUCGCCAAACUACCGCGAUGGUCGGGGCAUUACGCCUCUGUACAUCUCCAUCACCAGGAAGUGCGAGGCCAAGAUCACGGAGAGCCUUCUCCACGAUCAUGCCACACUGGGCAUCCAGGACAGUCAGGGCUGGAACGAGGUGCAUCAGGCCUGUCGGCAUGGCCUCGUCCAGCACCUGGAACACCUGCUGUUCUACGGUGCUGACAUGGAUGGCCGCAAUGCGUCCGGCAAUAGUCCGCUGCAUGUGUGCGCUGUUAACAACCAAGAGGCUUGUGCUAGAAUGCUUCUAUUUCGCGGCGCCCAGCGAGGUGCCCAGAACUUUGCCAAUCAAACUCCCUACCAGGUGGCUGUCAUCGCCGGCAACUUAGAGCUAGCCGAGAUAAUUGAGAACUACAAGUCGGAGGAUAUUGUUCCCUUCCGCGGACCGCCGCGCUACAAUCCAAAACGACGCUCGGGCAUCGGGUGGCUGAGCGCCAACGGAGCCGCCGGCGCCGCUCUGCUGGCAGCGGCUGGCGGUGGUUUUGGUGGUGCAAUGAUUGCCGGCUCCACCAACGGUGGCAUCAAUGGUAAUGGGACUGGCGGUGUCGGUCUGAUGCUCAGCCAUCAGAACCACCAACAGCACCACCUCCAUCAGCAACAGCAGCAACAGCAUCUUUUGCACCACCAGCACCACCACCAGCAGCAGCAACAGCAGCAUCUGCCCCAUCUACAUGCGUUGCAGCUGCACGGCCCCCCGUCGCCCUGCCCCUCGGAGCAUAUGCUGGGCGCUUACAGCUCCGCCAGCUCCAGUCUCUCCGAGGGCUCCUCGGGCCACCGCUCCCACGAGGACGACAUCAGCAUUGUGACAGACAAAUCCCUGGGCGACACCAGCGACAUCAUCAGCGACUCGUCCGGCGUGGGAACCAAUUCGGACUCGGCUGCCUGUUCCAUCGGCCAUCCAAGCACCACGGUGGUGUGCAUGGAGCCAUAUGCCGGGAACACGGUGGGACACAUUCGCCUCCAGCCGGGCGAUGUCAUCGAGGUGGUGGGCAGCACCGAUUGCGGCCUGCUGGAGGGCUAUGUCCGUGGCACCAAUCAGUCCGGAUUCUUUCCGGCCGACUGCGUCCAGGAGGUGAGUCUGCGCCAGAAGCACAUCACCAACGUGAUGACCGCCAGCACGGGCAUGGCGCCCCAGCAGCUGCAACAGCAGCAGCAACAACAGCAGCAGGCGCCCAGUGCCUCCUCCUACCAAGGUUCGCCCCAGCUAAGUCUCGGCGGACACUCGGGUAGUUCCAGUACGCUGCUCCAGCAGCCGCAUCACUCGCCAUCGCUGUCCGUGGCCAGCAACGGGUCCUGCCAGCAGCAGGAGACCAAUGGCGGGGCAGGGGGAGCUGGCAGCAACCACAACCACAGCAACAACAACCACUCGGUGGGACAGUACAGCAGUGCCACAGCUCCGCGCAUUAAGAAGAGCGCCUACAAUGCCCCACGUUCGGUGGUGCUGCACCGUGCCAAGCGCGGCUUCGGCUUCAUCCUGCGCGGCGCCAAGGCCAGCUCCCAGCUGAUGCAGUUGCGCCCCUCGGAGCGCUUCCCGGCUCUCCAAUACCUGGAUGAUGUGGAUCCCGGUGGCGUGGCCGAUAUGGCCGGCCUUCGUCCCGGCGACUUCCUGCUGACGAUCAACGGCGAGGACGUGAGUGCCGCCUCGCACGAGCAGGUGGUGGAGAUGAUCCGAUCCGCGGGUGCCCUGGUCAACAUGACCGUAGUGUCGCCACAGUUCCCCCACCAGAUGCAGGCCAGUGCCCAGUAUUUGCCCAGCGGCGCUGCCCGGGCCGGAAGCCAGCACUUGUCCAGCGGACCGAGCACCCCGCAAAGUGCCCACCGGCAGUGCGCCACGCUGCCCCGGAAGAUGACGGGCCCCGGUCCGGGUUCCUCCUCGGGCGGCAGCGUACGCAUGGCCCCGAUGCCACCGCGUCGGGAUCCCAAGACCACACUUAGUGUGGGCCGAGCCAGGGCCAAGUCCAUGGUGGCCGGGCUGGAGAAUGGCGGCGAAAAGGACGACGACCUACCGCACACCAAAUCGAAUUCGGUGGAGUCCAUAGCCACGACGCAAGCGACGGGUGGUGGCAGCAGCAUCCAUACUGGGCCGGGUACUCCCGUCCAGCUGCGCACCGCCAGCAUCAAGGCGAGGCCCACGUCCAGUCGUAUCACGGCCGCCGAGCUGGAGGAGCUGUUCCAGCGGCAGCAGGGCGAGGGCAGUGCGGCGAACGCCAGCCGGUAUGCCACCAUGAUGACCAGUUCCCGCUUCCAGUCGGGCACGGACAGUGGAGCAGCCACUCCCCCGGCCGCCAAUGGCUCGCCGAUGAGGAGCGGCGGACCCCUGGUCUACGGCAGUGUGGCGGAAAUGAAGCGGAAGACGGCGAGGAGCAAGCAUGGCAGCGGAACUCUGCGGGGCAAGCCCGUGGCUACCCCAACCGUGGGUCCGGGGAGUGCAGCUGGUGGCGGAAGGGAUCUAAAGCGGUUCCAUUCUACGCCAGACUUGCACGGGCCCCAGCUACAUGGCUCGGCCUCGUCCAUUUGGCAGGCGGCUGGCAAGGGUCAUCACUCGCAGGACGAUGUGGCCACGUUGCAUGCCUCCUUGCAGCGCCUGAACUCAACGCCAGGAGAGCUGAAGGUAGGGCCAGGAAUAGGAGGCACAGCAGCUGGCGCUGGAGGAGCAGUACUGCCGCCGCCCAAUCAUCCACCACCGCCGCCUCCAGUGGGUCAGGUGGUCAAGGUGGAGACUCGCAGCAGCGUCUCGGAGUACGAGAGCACCAUCUCCUUACAGCAGAAGCUCAAGAAGCGUGCCGAGAACGAUGCAGUCACCAGUGCAGCCAUCGAUGGCGUCCAGAGCAGUUUUAAUCCCUCGGCGAACGCCAAGAUCUACGCCUCGCCGCAGGAGCUGCGCAACGUUAUGGCCUGGAAGCUGCGACAGGCCCAGGAGAAGCCAUCCCAGGAGACGUCCGGAGGCUCCCAGCCGAUCAGUCAGUAUGCGGCACCCACGCAACUGCGUCCUCCGCAGCAGCAGCAGCAGCCGCAGCCACAGGUGGCCUCCCACUAUGCCGCUCCACAGGUGCAGGUUCAAGUGCAACAGGUGGCGGCACCCCAAUCCCCGCCGGCUCCACCGCCGCCUCAGCAGUCUCCGCCAGCCGUGGCACAAAACGGUAAUGGAACUGCCAGUGGAGCACCCGGAGCAGCUCCCCCCAUACCGGAACCGGACUACAGCUGCAGUGAGUCGGAUGGAGAGGAUGAGAACUCCAUUCUGGUGGCGCGCAACACAAAGCUCAAUGAGAAGAUUGCCUUGUUCGAUGUUCCCGAGACCAGUGGCAAUAGUCAGGCCAGUGGCAGCAGCUCCAACUCAGGCAGUGCCUCCAUUUCGCACUCCCUCUCCGUGGAGGAGAUCCAGCGCAUUCGCAGCAAUCUCAAGACCUCAAAGUCCUCGCCCAACGGCUUUGCCAAGAAACCAGAGGAGGAGCAGCAACCACAGCCACAACAGCAGCUAUCCCAUCCAGGAGCGCCACACCAGCUGCAGCCAGGCGAGGAUGAGUGCGAUAACAGCAGCUCCGGAGUGAGCAGCGAACAAGAGCAACUGGCUCUGGCAGGAGGAGCUGCCGCUGUGGGCGUCAAACCCACCGAUACCAUUAAGAAGAAGCCCUCGGUGACCAUUGUGGAGGAGCCCAAGACCAUUCCCGAUCAGCCAAUCAGCAACACCACCACCUCCAGCAUCACAACCACCAAGCCCAUGGCCAAGACCACCAUCAGCAUAGGUGGUGCCACAAGUGCUCCAGCACCCACAGCCACGUUGACGGUGAAGCAGCUUGUGCAGCAGCAACAUGCGCCUGUUAUACAGCAGCAACAGCAACAAAUGGGUGGCAACAAACAACACCAGCAACUGCAGCAGCAACAGCAACAUCAACAGCCAAACAACAAGCAGCAGGUGAUGAGUCCCCAAGUCCUGGGUCGCAUUCCCAAUGUCCAUCACCAACAGCAGCAGCAGCAACAGCAACAAUCGAAUCCCAACCAGAAGCUGAUUGCCACCCAGCAGCAGAUACUGCAGCAGCAGCAACAGCAGAUGGCCCACCAGCAGCACCUGCAGCAGAUACUCAAGGCGAAAGCGGCCGCUGCCGGAGGAGCCAGCAAUACGGCAGCCUUGGUGGCCAAGCAUCAGCAGCAGCUGCACAAGGGCGGCUCCACCAGCGGCCACGAGUCGGAGAUGGAACAGCGCUCCGAUUUGGAGGAUGACGAUGGAGAUUUAAGUCCAUCGCCGCCGGCUAAGGCUUUCCAGCGGCACAAUUCCUUGACCCGCAAGCAGGCGGCGGCGAUUGCCAUGCAAAGAGGCGCCACUCGGACUUCGGCAGUGUCCCUCAUGCAACUGCCCCCGCCUCUGGAGGCGGACAGUGAUGGCGAGCAGGGACAGCACACCUUACAGCGACAUCCGCAUCCCCACCCACACCAGCAACAGCAACAACAACUCCAGCAACUGCAGCAGCAGCAACAACCGAUGGCCACACAUAUUGUGGGCAUGUUGCCCAGCGGACAGCUGGUGGCUGUUGCUUCUGGCGCCGUUGCUGGCGUUCCGGGCGUUGGGGCGGCUGUGGCGCAUCCGGGCAACAACAAUCUGCAGCAGCUGUGCACCGAGAAUCUGGUGUUGGCGCCACCGCCGCAGUUCUGCGAUUGCAACGAUGCCAAGCACGCGCCACAGCCGCAUCUGCCAACUAGCCAACAGUAUCAUACACAGCAGCAACAACAGCAACAGCAACAGCAGCAGCAGCAUCAGCAGCAGCAACAGCAACAGCAGCAACAACAACAACAGCUGCAACAGCAACUGCAACAACAGCAGAUGUUGCAGAUGCACCAGCGGUUGUCCGGUGGCGCUGGCCCCGGAGCGGUGGGCACAUUGGGUCGGGUGCGAAUUGUGGGCGCCAUGCCCAAGGCCAACCACCAUCGGUUGCACUAAACUAGUACUAGUAGGCUCAGAUCACAUGCGAUCACAUGAAAUCAAAUCAACCGUUUGCCAAAUCGUUAAAUCGUUAGCUUAGUGUUAGUCCAACAACAGUCAUUGCCACUCUCACAACGAAUAGAGCUGCAACUGUCACUGCAACAGCAACUGCCUGCACCCGAGACACAAAACCGAAAAUCGAAAUCGCGAUUGCUUCGAUUAGAGAAACAUCUUUAAUUACACUUUUUAUUUUAUAUAUAUUUAUUGCGUGUGAUAUAAAUUUAUGUAGGCUGUCCGCGAGCAGCAACUAAACGAUAUUUGCAAUCAAACAGCAAGUACGUAUGCAAUAUUUUACGAUUAGUUAAUCCCAAAACCCCCGAUUGAAAGCAAACUGAAAGGGCUUCGAUCUUUUAGUCUGUUUUCGAGCUGCGUUAGAUCCGAUUUUGCGAAAUCGAUGAUUUUAGUUUGUAAUAUCAGAAGGUCAGAGAUAGAUAGAUAGGCAGAGGCGAGUUCAUUUCUUCAGUAUCCAUCCAUUAAUCAUUCGAGUUCGUGUUCGACUAGUGCACAAAAACAUUUAAACGACAUUAACAUUAUAUUCUAACACACAACUAGUGUAGGUUUUAUAUGCCUAAAAAAUAAAAAUAAAAAAACGAAGCAGGAUGGUAAAAGUGGUAGGAGUGAAGGAGAAAGUUGCACCGAGUAACAAUAAUAUUUGAAUUUGAGCAUUUAGCCGAAUUUCCAGUCAAGUCAAGUCAACUAAACUAAUACUAACAAAUACUAAAUGAUUAAAACGUAUAAUGUUUUUAAACGUGAAUAUUUAUAAAAGCAAGAAACAAAAGGAAAAUAUUUCAAUAGGCGGCAAAUUUUAUAAUC